GGAUGUAGAAGCGCUCCGCUCCCAACAACGUGUGUCCAUGUGUUGAACUGAAGCCUUCAUAGAAACACGCCGCAGAUUUCCCUUCAUCAUGACGUCGCUGGCCCACCAGCUGAAGAGGCUCGCGCUGCCUCAGAGCGACUCCAACCUGCUGGCCCGUCGGGACGUCGCCUCGCUGCUCUUCGACCCCAAAGAUGCUGCAACAAUGGACAGGAGCACCUUCUACGCCCUCGGCUGCACAGGGCUGGAGGAGCUGCUGGGAAUCGAACCGGCCUUCCUGGAGUUCCAGGACACUCUGUUCAGCCGGGCGUCGCUGACUCUGGAGCGCAGCGUCCAGUCCAAGGAGGUCAACGAGAAGCUGGACGCCGGCAUCUCGCUCUUCCUCACCCGCCUCUGCCCGUACUUCCUCCUCAAACCGGCGCACAAGUGCAUCGAGUGGCUGGUUCACCGCUUCCACAUCCAGCUGUAUAACGCCGACAUGCUGCUGUCCUGCGCACUGCCGUAUCACGACACCAACGUGUUCGUCAGAGUCCUGCAGCUCCUCAAAAUCAAAGACGCCACCAACCGCUGGAACUGGCUGCACUGCCUGCAGAAACCCGGCGUGCCGCUGUCCAGAGGAGCCCUGAUCAACCACUGCUACAGCGACCUGAGCUUCAUGGACUUCAUCUGCACCAUGGUGACCAGGUCCAUCCAGGCGUACUCCGGACACUCGGGGAGUUGCUCCCAGCUCAGAGUGAUCUUCUCCUUCUACGCCUCCACCAUCGUUCCUGCUCUGGACGCUGUGGACAAAGUGUCCGACACCAUCAUCUCCAAACUGCUGCCCUACGUCCAGAAGGGUCUCAAGUCGCCCCUGACGGACUACAAAGCCGCCACCUACAUGAUCGUGUGCCAGCUGGCGGUGAAGGUGGUGAUGGAGUCGAGUCUUGUCAACAGUCUCGCUGUUCACAUCAGCAAGUCUCUAGUCAAAGAGCCGGUUCUGGCCAAAGAGGGUCUGGGCUGCCUCACCGUGCUGCUGCAGAACCAGAAGGAGGGCGCCGCCGGACCCAGAGCCGUCGGCCGUCUGUGCUCGAUGCCGGCGCUGGUUCCGACGCUGCAGGUCAUGGCGGCGGUUCAUGAUGUCAGUCCUCUGCUGCGUUACCUGCUGCCUCACCUGGUCCACGGCCUGUUCGCCGGCAGCUCAGGUGAGACCGAGACGGACGAGCUCAGAGUGCUGGAGUCCGUCCUGGAGUCCGUCCCCCUGACCAAGGACCUGGACCGGACCGUGGCUCGGUUGCUGCUGGACGAGUAUCUGAGUCAGACCGAACUCUCUGCUGAAGACAUGUCGGCACUCGACCAACGCCUGCUGCCUCUAGUUCGACUGUUCGAGUCCAAGUACAGCGGCGCUCUGGACAGCGUCCUCGCAGGUCACGUGACCGACGUGAGCGACACGCAGCAGAAACACCUGUUCCAUCAGUUCCUGUCUCUGUCGAUGAGCAGCGGAAAGUUCCAGAUUUUGGGCGACUCGGACACGUCGCUGCUGCUCAGCCUGAAACACCCGCAGCCUUCAGUCCGGGUCUCUGCUGUGGAGCAUCUGAUGGACAUCGUCACCUCUGGACAGCACCAGAGUCUGGACCAAGGUUUCCUGAAGGACGCCGUGGUCGAGCGACUGAAGGACGACGCCCCGGCGGUCGUGUCCGCGGCGCUCAGAGUCCUGGAGGCUGUUCUGGACGUUCUGGAGCCCGAAGACGUGGUGUCGUGUCUGCUGUCUCUGCUGCACCGAGCGGAUCCGUCCGAGCGCUGGCUUCCCGUCCUGACCGAGGCGGUGCGUUUGCUGUCCGACCCCCGGCUGGGAAAAAGCGACGCCGAGCUGGUGCAGGGGACCGGCUGGAGGCUGCUGCCCCUCCUGGUGGCGACGUCGCCCCGGCUGGACCUCCAGCGCUGCUUGGCCCGGUCCGCCUUCCUCCACCAGCACCCGCUCACCCUCGGCUGGGCUCCAGGUAGCGACCGGCGGGUUUCUAGCCACAAGUAAAGCUCAGUUUUGUUUUGAGCUCAGUCGAAGAGCCGCUUCGUGUUUUCAGGACUUCAAAGAAGCGUCGGACUCGGUUUAGACAGAAGAAGAACCUUUUGAUGAGUUCAGCUGAGAAGAGGUUUGAAGGCAGAACGAGAGCAGAACCGCUGAUGGUGUGAAGUUACCAGAGCGACUAAAACCCCACAAAUCUAAAGAGAACACGAGU